CCGCUGGCUUCACCGCUGCUCAGGACGCCUUGGUGGCAGUCGAACCCUCCGCGGCCCCGAUGGCUGGUGAGGACUACGGGGCGUGCUUCUUGCGCUGCCAGAGCAUCGGCAAUGAGUCGGAGCUGAUGGUGAUCAAGGAGGGCUCGGAGAGCGUCGCGCGCGUGGUUUGCCACAAGAAGUGCAACAGCCUCAAGAAGCGCGUGCAGUCGCUCCGCGCUGGCAACUCGGACUUCGAGGCUUUCGGGGAGAUCGAGGGAGCCGCUCGCGCUGCGUUCUACGCGAACGCCGCCAACAAGUACGGCGCCGACCUCGCGCAGCACAUGGCCGAGACCAUGGAGGCGAAGCUCACUGAGCAGCACGAGGCCAAUUUCAAAGAAAGCGGCGACUUCGUGGAGAUCGGCGAGGCCCGUCAGUUGGCCCAGUUCAAGAACAACCCCGAGGCGUUCGAUCGCCUGUUGGAGCGGGCGCCCAGGAAGAAGUGCGAGUGGGCGGAUAUCGAGUACGUGUACAUCCCCACGUACCGCUUCGAGCAGAAUAAGCGGCUGCUGAACGAGAACAUCAGGGCGAGGACCAUCAGCGGGGAGAAGAAGCUCAAGCGGCCCAAGGCCUUGGCAGUGCCUCCGAUGAAGAGGCUGAAGGAGCCGACCGCGGGCCCCGCGCUCCCGAAGGGCAUCCUGAACAAGUGCGACAGAUGGAGGGCUCAGGGCUACGUGGGGCCUCGCCCACUCGAGGUCGCCGACGCUUCCAACAAGAAGUUAGAGACCUACCUGGCUGAGCUGAAGAACCUUCGCGCGUGCGAUGGCACGACGAAGGAGAUCCUCGAGGCGAAGAUCGAACGCGGCAAUGCCAUGCUCAACGCGCACAUCGACAUCAUCACCAAGAUUGAAGGCGCACUGGAGGACGUGGCGCAGGAAGUCUUGGUCUCCCAGGCGCUCGAUGAGGCUGGCACAGAGGGAGCGGCCGAUGCGAGGGGCCUAAAGUGCCGCGAGCCGCCGAUGGCUCACGAGGCCACCGAAUCCGUUUCCGAUGAUGAGUUUGAUGGUUGGAUGUGGUCCGACGUCAGAAAUGACGGGGUGGUGGCCGACGGCGGCUCGGAUGGGGGCAGUGAGUGUGGGUCUGGAUCCGCCCGCUCUCAUGGCAGUCUCUCGGCCUCGACCCUCGAGCUCGAUCGGUCGGCUAAGGUCGAGGGCAGCCAGGGCGCGGCAUCUGCGAACGAGGGCGGUGGCGCUGACAUGUCGCCUGGCAAGAGGGUCAAGAUCUCACCGAAGAGGGCCGCCGCGGAGGCGGGCCGCCCCAAGGGCAGGGGCAAGGGCAAGGGCAAGGGUAAGAGCAAGGCAAAGGCCAAGGGCAAGGCGAAGGCGAGGGCGCGCGGGGGCAUGGCUUGA